AUGUAUUGGUCCAGCAUAGCCGGGCUAGCACUUGCUGCUAGCCUUGCCUCAACAGUCCACGGCCAGCAGUCGGGAUGGCAACAAAAUCAGGUCAACGCGACCAUGUGCACGUGGAGUGCACUUCGAGUGGCAGUACUGAAGGACACCGUCUAUAUGGAUGGCGGUUAUAUAUUUUGGUUGCCUGGGAUGGCUGAUGGGACGUACGGGAGCCCCAUGCAGGACGGCAACCCACUGGGGCUGAUAUACACGUUGAAUUUCAGUACCCCGUUCAACACAAGCACAAAUGUCAGCUUGAUACUGCAAACAUUAUCGAAAGCUCCGAACGGCGGUGCUGCGAAUAACUUCGCGCCAAACUAUUACGAUGGAGCCCUGCUUGGCAACAGCGACGAGAUAUUUCUGUACGGAGGCUUGCUAACGCCCCUCGACACUUACUCUGAACCGGAUGGGGACCAGGUGCUUUCCUACCAGGCCUCCAUGUACGGACCGGACCACACCUUCCAUGCCGGGUUCCUGAAUGCCAAGUUACCUGACGGCGUCACUCGAUACGUCACCUACGGAGGCGCCGCCAAUGCCCCAUCAGAGAACAAGGCUUGGUAUUUCGGAGGAUAUCGAUCACCUUCGUGGGGAGAGAUCUACUACCCGAGUACGACGAAUGCGUCCGUACUCCCCACCAAUGUCUCCGACACCCUCAUCACGCUCGAUAUGGCGGAACAGGGACAUGAGACAUGGUCGAACAAGACUCUCCCUACCGGAACUCCAAGUCGAGCAAACCCUUCCGUUGUCUGGGUGCCAGUUGGCGCGCAGGGAAUUCUGGUGGUACUGGGUGGAGUCUCGUAUCCGAAUUAUGACAGCCCUACGUUCACGUCGCAGAAUGAAGCACAAAGUGCUCGUGAUGGUACUUCUUAUAUGUCGAAUAUCGACGUCUACGACAUUGCCAACGACGUGUGGUACCAGCAACCAACGAUUGCCGCGCCGCCACCGCUUGCCCUGGGAUGUGCAGUAGUCGUGCCUGCUCAAGACUACUCGAGCUACAACAUCUACUACUACGGUGGCUACGACGGCGUCCAUCAAGACGCAGACUUCAACGACGAUGUAUGGAUCCUGACCUUGCCAUCAUUCAUGUGGAUGAAGAUCUCGUCGGGAACUGCAGGACACGGGCGAGCGGGACACCAAUGUGUUAUGCCGUACUCCGAUCAAAUGGUGACCAUUGGUGGCUCUAUUUCCUCGAAGGGCGGCGGCACCAGCUGUCUCGAUGGCGGACUUCUCGAUGUCUUCAACCUGACUUCUGGAAAAUGGCAGGACUCAUACGACCCAGACAGCUGGAAUGAGUAUGGAGUUCCGGAGAUGAUCCAUCUGAUGAUUGGGGGCGACUUUACGGGUGGCGCGACCAUGACCACCCCAACUCCGACCGGCUGGGCGAAAACAGAACUUGCCAGCGUCUUUGCUACGACUUACCCGACGUCAAAAAUGACAACGUACUACCCAUACGGCACUCAGGGGGCGGGCGGUGCCUCGCGAGGUGCGGCGAGCAGCGGUGGUGGAGGAAUGCCGUCUUGGGUUGCGCCUGUCCUAGGCACGGUCCUCGGUCUCGUCUUCGUCACAGCGGUCGUCGUCGCCAUCCUGCUGUACAGACGACGAAAGCUCUUGCAGAAUAGAAACGGCGGAGGCGAUAAUCCCACCGACGAGAACCAAAGCCGGAUCUUGUCAUGGGUCCGCGGCCAGGAAGGUAAGGCGCCGACCGUGACGUCUGGAGACCCGUCCACCUUCGGCGACAUGGAAAGUCGCAAUGUCACACCUAUGCAUGCUUUGGGUCACCCAGGUGGACACGGGCAGCAAGAGAUCAAGAUGGAAGCUCAGGAGAUGGCAGACACAGCACUUGUAGAACUGAUGGACACAUCCCCUCGCGCCGAAUUAGGCGACACGGCCCUCACACCUGUAGACAUAAUCAACAAGCACACACACUUUGGUGACAACCCCAGCACGCCGCACGCGCUCUCGACGCCGACGAACCCCUCCGUCUUCACGGGCUCCCGCGACUACGCGAGCAGCAUCAGCUUCGCCAACAACGCCGGGCCGCUGCCGCCGCCUCCCACCCACCAGGAGCGGCCCGACUCGCCCUCCCUGGGCGGCGGGCCCCCGAGAUCCCAACCGGGAUCGGCAGCGGGCGGCGCAGCACAGCCGGGCACGCCGCUGCGGACGCCGAUCGUCAGCGGCGUCUCGGGCAUCAGCGACCGCGAGGCGACGCACCUGCGCAACAUAAGCGACCCGAGCGUCAUGAGCAGCAGCCCGCCGAGCACGCCGCCGCCCGCCCACGUGGGCGGCUUCCACCACCAGGCCGGGAACCCGCAGCACUACAACACGUACCACAACGAGCACCACAACAACAACAACAGCGUGGGCAACCUCCAACACGCGGGGGCGCCGCUGUCAAGCCCGAGCCCGCCGACCCCCACGACCGCGGAUGCGCCCGAUUACGUCAGCAUGCACAGUGCCGCGAACGCCUCCCCCCUCGCGCGCAACCUGACGGGCUACGGCGGUAGUGUGAGGAGUGCGAACAGCCCGCUGCGGCGGAGCGUGUUCCGCGAGAGCACCGACGACCUGGGUGAUAAGGGGCACAGGUGA